AUGGAUAAAAAAAUAAAGGCUGCUCAGCUGAAAAGGAGAAUAGCGGUCGAAAACAUAAGUGCCCUCGAACGGUUCCAAGCGCAGUUUUCGGGAGAUGACGCCAAGCAAAUCCCGGAGGCGUUAGAAGACUUGGAACGUCAUAAGGAAGGGUUCUUCGCCGCGGUGUCGAAGCUGGAAGAGCUCGACGACAGCAAUGAGGCGAUCGAAGCGUGUAUUAUGGAGCGGAUCAACAUCGAGGAGCGGUGUAGGAAGCUCAAAUCCUUCCUACGGGAUAACCUUCGACGGGAGGAAGGUGCACUAAAUGAUACAUCGGCUUUGGCUUCUUCGACGCUUGCGUUUGGUCGGCCAAACGCACCGCAUCUACGCCUUCCGAAGAUUGAGUUGCCAUCCUUCGAUGGCGACCAAACGAAAUGGCUAUCUUUUCGCGACCGCUUCAUCGCGAUGAUCGACGCUUCACCGGAGCUUCCUUCAAUUGCGAAGCUCGAGUAUUUGCUGUCGGCGUUAAAGGGGGAAGCUGCGCUUCCCUUUGAGCACACCCAAUUAACGGCGGACAAUUAUUCAGUGACUUGGGCGGCGCUACUCAUACGAUAUGAUAAUCCGCGUUUACUAGUGCGUGAAUACUAUCGCAAGCUGCACUAUCUUCCGGCAGUGCAAUCGGAGAGUGUAGAAAAGCUUACUUGCUUAGUGGACGAAUUCUCGCGAUAUGUGAACGGUUUUGUGAAGUUAAAUGAGCCGGUGGAUUCAUGGGACACGCCAUUAUCCAACAUGCUACUAAUGAAGUUGGAUCGUGCGACACUUUUAGCGUGGGAGAAACAUUCAGUGCACUUUCCAAAGGACCGCUACAAGGAAGUGAUCGCGUUUGUGCAAGACAGGAUACAAAUCCUGAAAUCAACGAACAACUUCACAAGUGAUACAAACGAUAGUGCGAGUAAGGUGGCCGGCACAUUUCGAUCUUCAGCGUCACGUAGAUCGAUUGCACAAGCGGCUUCUUCGCGAUCAUUUCCCCCUAGUGCUCCGACCCACAAGUGUCCUUUGCAGUGUGUCGACAGUCACCUUCUAAGGAGCUGUCCGGUGUUCACCGGUAAGGAUGUGAAUCAGCGUCGUGAAAUCGUGUCAUCCAAGCACCUGUGUUGGAAUUGUUUGAGUGAUUCCCACCAGGUGAAGGCUUGCAAAUCGGACUAUGCUUGCCGUACAUGUCGUCAGCGGCAUCAUACGCUGCUACAUGUUCCUGCAAGUUCAACGGUAGCGAUGACACUGCAAGACAAUGCUGGGAUGGUGUUUUUGGAAACGGCGCUACUUAACAUCGUGGACGAUUACGGUGUGAGGCAUGAAGCAAGGGCGCUGCUCGACUCGGGUUCUAUGUCGAACUUCAUCUCCGAGUCGCUGGCUCGGAAGAUGCUCGGAACACCUCGGAACAAGGUAAAGGUGUCGGUCACGAGCAUCGGAAACAACGUGCAACUAGUGAAAGGAUCGAUCUUUGCAUCCGUGGAAUCUAGGAGCCACGCGCAUGCUUCUCAGCUCGAGUUGCUCGUUGUUGACACCCCGUUCCUGCACAUUCCAACGGCGUCCAUUGACGCGUCGUCGUGGAAAAUUCCUGAUUUGCCACUUGCGGACCCGUCAUUUUAUGAGCCUGGCAAGAUCGACAUCAUCAUCGGAGGAGACACGUAUUGGGAGCUCCAUUCUGGCCGAAAACGUUCCCUCGGCAAGGGAAAACCGUGGCUUGUAGAGACCCCAUUCGGUUGGGUCGUUGCUGGCAACGUAUCACCAGGUGCAUCGCAUGAAUCGCGUUUGUGCCACCUAUCGACCAGCAGUUCAUCUUCCAUGGAUUCCAUAAUGGAGCGUUUCUGGGAAAUCGAAACGAUCAGCGAUGAUCCGGCAGUGUCAGCGGAAGAGGAUGCUUGCGAGAAACAUUUCGUGGCCACUACAACCAGAGAUGCUUCGGGCAGGUAUGUUGUUCGUUUACCGCAAAAUACUAAUCCUAGUAUCGUUUUAGGAGUGUCGAAGGCGAUCGCUGAUCGUCGGCUCCUAGCGGUGGAACGACGUUUAAGGUCCAACCCUACAAUGAAGGAAGAGUAUAGCAGUUUUAUGAAGGAGUACGAGCGUCUAGGCCACAUGAAAAGACUUACCGGUCCUGUUGAUGAUUCAUGUGAGCAUUACUACCUUCCUCAUCAUGCGGUAGUAAAAGAAACGAGCACAACCACUAAGGUCAGAGUAGUGUUUGAUGCAUCGUGCAAAUCAUCAUCUGGAUACUCGUUGAACGAUAAACUAUUGGUUGGACCCGUCAUUCAAGACGACCUUUUCACGAUAAUCGUUCGUUUUCGAUCACGCGCAAUCGCCUUGUCAGCCGAUGUCGAAAAAAUGUACCGCCAAAUUCGCCAUGAUGAAGACGAUCAUCGGUAUCUUCGCAUUCGGUACAGAGAAGAUCCGACUCAACCCAUUCAAACCUUCGAACUGCAAACGGUCACCUACGGCACCGCAUCCGCACCAUUUUUGGCGACUCGUACCCUGAAACAAAUUGCCUAUGACCAUCAGACGCUGUAUCCAAGGGCGGUCAACGCAGUCAUUCACGAUUUCUAUGUGGAUGACUUGCUAACGGGAACAGAAGAGGUGUUGGAUGCAAUCGAAAUGCGGAAACAAAUUUCUGAGAUGCUCAAUUCUGCUGGCUUCUCGUUAAAGAAGUGGGCAUCCAACAUGCCAGAAGCACUCAAAGGCGUUCCACCAGGCGAUUUGGCAAAUCAUUCCACACAUGAGUGGAAAGAUCCACAAUCCGUAUCAACCCUGGGACUCGUGUGGGAACCAGCAGUUGAUAUGCUUCGGUUCCGGAUCAAUCUACCGCCGGCUGUGACGGUAUUAACGAAGAGGCUAACUCUGUCAUAUAUUGCCAAAAUAUUUGACCCACUCGGUUUGCUGAGCCCCACCAUCGUCAUAGCCAAACUCUUUAUGCAGCAAUUGUGGUCCUUGAAGUCAAACGGGAAGACUUGGGACUGGGAUAGUGAGCUACCAUCACAUCUCCAACGGGAAUGGACGGCGUUUCAUUCGAAACUACACUCGCUUCGGGAAGUACGCAUUCCUCGAUUUGCAUCACUUCGAAACGCGACCAAUCUACAGCUACACGUGUUCGCGGAUGCAUCACAAGUAGCGUAUGGUGCUUGCUGCUACAUCCGGACAGAAGGUCCGUCAGGUUUUUCGGUGCAUAUAUUGGCAGCUAAGUCAAAGGUUGUGUCACUGGCAAACACCAACUCAAUCGCCAGACUUGAGCUUUGUGCGGCAAGAUUGGCAACUCAACUGUUCCGGAAGGUUAGUCAGUCCCUCAACGGUCCCUUUGAAACCUUUUGCUGGACUGAUUCCAUGACCGUAUUACAUUGGCUAAGGUCGUCACCGCGGCGCUGGAAGCCAUUCGUCGCCAAUAGGGUUGCACAAAUUCAAGCUGAAACACGGAUCAAGUGCUGGAAGCAUGUUCCAGGUGUAGACAACCCAGCAGACGAUGUGUCGCGAGGUCUGCUUCCAGACAAAUUGCGAUCAUGUCAUCGAUGGUGGCAUGGGCCAUAUUGGCUUAGUGGCAAGGAGGAAAUCUGGCCUGAUAGAGAACCUGCAAUAGAAGAAGAUGUAUCAACGGUUGAAGAACGAGUGGCUCAGAUACAAGUUACUGCGUUGGCAACCAGCAACGAGUUCAGCAGCAGUUUGUUUGCACGGUUCUCUUCUUACCUAAAACUACGUCGAACCACAGCGUAUUGUCUGCGUUACAUCCAGUGUUUGCGGUCAAGCAAAUCCUCAGAAAGGGCAUCAAACCUCUCACAGAUGCCAAUUCAGGAACUCAUUUCGUUAGUACCACCGCUGACAAAGGAUGAGUUGGAGCAAGCAGAGUUUCGGUUAUGCCACCUAGCUCAGCAGGAUUCGUUCUCGGAGGAUAUUACCGAGUUGGCAAACGGUCGAGAGUUGCCACGCAGUUCCAGGCUAAAGUGGUUAUCGCCAUUCAUCGAUUCGAUGGGAAUUUUACGUGUUGGGGGCCGGCUACGCCACGCACAAUUGGAAGAUUCGUCGAAGCAUCCGAUCCUGCUCUCUUCCAAACAUCAGUUAGCGGUAUUAGUGGCAGUGGCAUACCAUCAUAAGUAUCUGCAUGCUGGUCCGGAAUUGUUAUUAUCCACGCUUCGUCAGCGAUUCUGGAUCAUUGGUGGACGCAAUUUGGCCAAGGCUGUUUUCCAUCGGUGUCACCAGUGCUUCAAGGCCAAACCAACACUGGUGAAACAAUCCGUUGCUGACCUACCGGCGUCCAGGGUUUCACCGACAAGGCCCUUUUUGGUGAGUGGCAUCGACUACUGUGGGCCGAUUUACCUGAAGUCGACCGUACGCAACCGUAGUCCCACAAAGGCAUACAUCGCUAUCUUUGUGUGCUUUUCGACCAGGGCAGUUCACAUCGAACUAGUAAGCGAUCUCACUACCGCAGCUUUCUUGGCAGCACUACGGCGUUUCGUGGCUCGUAGGGGAAAAAUAGCUGAACUGCAUUCAGAUAACGCCACCACAUUUAAGGGAGCUGCACACGAACUUCAUCGCAUCUAUCAGAUGCUUAAGUGCAGCGAUCGCGAACGCAACGAGAUCUUCAACUGGUGUGCCAAUGAUGAAAUUCAGUGGAAGUUCAUCCCACCUCGGGCACCACACUUUGGAGGGCUGUGGGAGGCAGCGGUACGGUCCGCAAAACAGCAUAUUGUUCGCACUUUAGGAGGUACAAGCCUCACUCAGGAGGGAAUGAUCACUUUGUUGGCUCAGGUAGAGCAAUGUUUAAACUCCAGGCCGUUAGUUCCACUAUCAAGUGAGCCAUCCGAUAUGGAACCACUUACACCGGGUCAUUUUCUCACAGGAUCGAAUAUGUUAGCUUUGCCACAGUUGGAUAGGAGCCAGGUGCCUUCGAAUAGGUUGAAGGAAUUUGAUCUUGUUCAAAAACAACUGCAAAACAUAUGGUCACGUUGGUAUCCGGAGUACCUUCAACAAAUUCAGGCUCGUGCAAAGAAAUAUUCGGUUGAACCAGUGUCGCUAGAAGAAGGCCAAGUAGUAAUCAUAAAGGAAGACAAUGUACCACCUACCUUGUGGCCAAUAGGAAAAAUCGUUGCAACCCACCCAGGAAAGGACGGUGUUGUAAGAGUUGUGACACUACGUACAGCCGCAGGGAAAGAAAUAGUUCGGGCCACAGCAAGAAUAGCGAUUCUUCCAAACACGUUAACCGAUUAAUAACAACGAUAAUAACACGCGGUGCAAAUGUCAACACACACAGUAACAGGUCAAGAUAAAUAGUACAAGGCACAUCACAAACGCAAGUGUGUACAAUACCAGUUAUUUAUUGGCUAAAGAAGUUCCUUCUUUGGUGGCCGGGAAUGUCGAAAAUACAGUAAGAAUUUCAUGCAAUAUUUACAAGAAUUAGUUACAGGAAAUCAUUAGGAUUAAUUGCAUGAAAUAUUUCACGGACGAACUGUAAGGGGAUUAGUUAAUUGGACUUGUCAUCUAGGGCUGGAAAUGAACUUUAGGAUUAAGCAAAAUGAACACUGCACGAAUGAACUUGACAGACGAAUAAACAGUUGCAAUCAGAACGGCGCGAAGUCUACCACGGAAAUUUCUUCGGAAAGAAAUUUAGAACUUUGUAAUUUUUCACGUCCCAGUUUCAGUGAGAUUUUCU